AUCAUCAACUAGAAUUCCCGAUAAAUCAUCAACUAAAUCGUAUAAUAACCAAGAUCUAAUGGAGAUAAGUGAUGAGGAACAAAAUGGGAAAUCAGCAUCAUCGUUGGUUAUUGUCAAAAAGGACAAGAAAUUAUCAGCCAUUUCGGAUGAUAUAAAACAUAGAAAAACUACAACGAAUGAUGAAACCAAGAAAAAAUCAGAUAAUUCAACAAGAGAUGAUAAACAACAUAUUAAAACAAAAAAAGCAAGUGAAGAGAGAGUAUCGGAAAAAACAAGCAAUUCAGUUAUAAUAAAAGUUCUAAAGUCUGAUACUGAUCAAACAGAGCAAAAAAAACAGGAACGAAGUCGUCAUGAUGACUCAAAAACUCAGAUAACAAAUUUAUCACAAACGUUGAAUAAUGAAUUAAAUAUCGAUGAAAAUGAGCGUAGAAUAGAUGAGAAAAAAAGUCGUCUCUCAUCAGCAUUAUCAACAACGCAUUCAUCGAACGCUCUUAAAGUGACAUCAUCCCCAUCAUAUAGAAAAUAUUCAAAUAAUCGUCAAUCAUCACCUCAAUAUGAUCCCUCAUCACCAUUAGCAUCGCCAAAAGAAUAUGUUUAUAAAUCAAGCAAACAUAGAUCGCCUUCGCCAACUAUAAAAUCGUCCAUAAAAAAUAUUAGACACAAAUCCCCUGAUCAUGAAAGAAAACAUCAAUAUUCUUCAUCUUCUUCUAAUCAGCACCACCGUUCGAGAACGAAAAAUGACAGUGAAAUUAAUAAAAAAGAAUCGUCAGACUCCAUUAUAGCAACAGAUCAUUCAAAAAUAAGCAAACAUCAAGAUGAAAAUGAGAAAGGAGAAAAGAAACAUAUUUACAAAGAAGAGAAUUUAAUAUCGCCUGAAGGGGUAGAAAUUCCAGUAAAAGGACGAAAACAAUCAACCGAACAACUGUCCAAUACGCGUAUUCGCGACAGACGUUCUUCUUCGUCACGUUCACCGUCGCUUAAAUCUCCAUCAAAAGAUUAUAAUCGAAUAACGUUAGAUAAACCAGAAAUUAAUCAACAUCGAAAACAUUUAUCAAAAUCUCCGUCGCCAUUUCUCGAUCGAAACAGUGAUAUUAUAAAUAAACAACAUUAUUCUACUAAAAAUGGUCAUUCCACUCAUACUACUCAUCGACGAUACAAAAACGAACAACAACAAUCAUCCCGGUAUUAUCGACAUCAUUCACGUUCUCAAACACCAAGAGGUUCAAACUCGUCACGUUCAUCGUCUAGAGGAAGUCCCAUGACGGCCACAGCUGCAUCUUAUCCAACACCCUAUCAUGCUUAUCAUCACCAAAGACCGGACUCCGCUUUACCAGCUAUGCCACCUCAUCCGUCGUAUUUUCCUACAUAUUAUCAUCAUCAUCACCAUCAUCAUUAUCGAGGCAGUCGACGGAGAUCACCAUCACCAAGGUCACAUUAUCAUUAUCGACAUUCAUCAAGGCAUCGUUAUCGUCCUCGUUCAAGCUCAUCAUCUCGAUCUCCAAGCACAUUUAAUGAACUUAGAUAUCACAGACGCAGUUCAAGUGAUCGAUAUGCUCGUCAACCGCAUCCAUCUUCCUCAAGAAUUCCUUCUUAUCAUUAUCAUCCAUCAUCACACCAUCCAGUUCCACAUCAUAAAAAACGUUCAUCAUCAUCCGAUUCACGUUCGGCUUCUUCAGCUAGAUCAUCACAUUCAAGUCGUUCUUCUCAUAGUAGUCAAUCUACAUACCAUCAUCGUCAUAGAAGUAGACGGAGAACACGAAGUAGAGAUACCGGUUAUCGUAGAAAACAAACUAAAUCAAAAUCGCCCACAUUUAAUGAUCUUUUAUUGAAAGCAUCUAAUUCAAUCGAAUCAAUAUCAACACAAAAAAUUAUUCCGCAGAGAAGUAGACAUUCGUCUAGUCCGACAGGUUCCGAUAUGCAGUUAUCUCCAGGUGGUUCUCCUCGACGAGCAAUGAUCGAUAAUCUGCCAACACAAAAUCACUCGUCAUAUUAUCAUCAUCAUACACCUUACAUGCAAUAUUAUGUCGAUCCAAUCGCAGUUCCACCACCAACUGCUACUAUACCAUUCCUUUAUUCACCCAAUGUUCCUCCACCAAAUGUGGGUCAGCCAAGAUUCACAAAUUAUAUGACAACACUGUUAAAUAACUCUAAUUAUUCACAACAAGAAGAACGAGUCCGUGAGUUUGAUCAACAACAAUUGCAACCAAACGAUAGUUGGCCGUUAAAUAAAACCCAGCGUUGUUUAAAAGAAGUAAAACCGAUUGUGAAUGAUGAAUUAUCUCGAGUAAUCGUGCGAGAUGGACAACUGGUCGAAAUAAGUGAAGCCCAAUCAACAAUUAAAUCACCAAAAUUAUCAUUACAUGAUGGCAUUAGUCAGAGUAGUGUAGAUAAACAAAGUGUAAAUGAAAGUGACAAUAUUCCAAAUGAAAACUCGUUAUUGAUAAAAACAGAGAGUUCAAUAUUGGACGAAAUGAAACAAACUAAACCAACAUUACAAUCAGUCAUCGUCAAUCGUUCAUCAAAAUAUUAUCCUGCAUCAGACCUAAAAUCAUUGCAUCAGAAGUCUCGUAAACAUUCUCAAGAUGUACUACCCAUAUCUAUCUCAAAAUCAUCCGUAAUUGACGAAGACAAUAUUCCUUGCAAUUCAACCAAUUUAUCUAUACCAUAUACUUUAAUUGAAGAUAAUAUUUAUAUUUGUGAUCGUUCAACUCGACGAAAUCGACUGAAUCAUGAAGUAAUGGAAUGUGAAUGUUCGACAAGUGAAGAAGAACGAUCAAUGGGUAUAUUUGCUUGUGGUGAUGAAUGUCUAAAUCGUUUACUCUUAAUCGAAUGUGGACCAACGUGUCCAUGUGGUCAUUAUUGUACAAAUAAACGUUUUCAACGUCAUUCUUAUUCUGAAUCGUGUGUAUUGUUUAAAACUCAAAUGAAAGGUUACGGUAUUAAAUCGACAAUGUUUAUACCAAAGGGACAGUUUCUAGUCGAGUACAUUGGAGAAGUAAUUGAUAUGGAUGAAUUAUCCAAAAGAUUUAAACGUUAUAAACGAGAUCAACGACAACAUCAAUAUAUGAUGUUUUUAUCAUAUGAUACCGUCAUUGAUUCAACUAUUAAAGGUAACUGGGCACGAUUUAUCAAUCAUAGCUGUGAACCUAAUGCUAUAGCUGAAUCAUGGUUAGUCAAUGGUGAAUUACGAAUGGGAUUCUUUUCCAAACGUGAUAUACAUCCAACUGAAGAAAUAACGAUCGAUUAUAAAUUUGAAACGUAUGGGUGUGCAGAUGAAAAUGAACGAGGAGAAAAAUGUUAUUGUGGAACAAAAUCAUGUCGUGGAUAUAUUAGUGUCAGAAAUAAUAAACAACAACCACAAUCGGCAGCACAAAGAGAUUCAAAAUUAAAACAGCCUCUAACAAAACGUUCACAACAACAAGAACCAGAAUUACUCGAGCAACUUCAGUAUAAAGAUGAAUUAAUUAUUCCUAAAAAUAUUGAUGAAAUUCGUCAUAUUAUUCAGAUAAUGUCCCGUAGUGAAAGUGAACAUUUACGAACGUUAUUAUUAGAUUUAAUUGAAAGAGGUGAACAACGUCAACAAGAAAUACCAAGAUUGUUUUUGGAAUGUAAUGGUUUGAGAAUUGUAUGUGCUUGGCUAAAAGAUUUUGAUGAUGAAGAUGAUGAAUAUUCAGAUAUAUUUCAAUUAAAAUUAUUGGAUUUACUACAACGUUUACCAAUUAAAGAUCGAACAACAGUUAUUAAAAAUGGAAUUAUGGAACAAAUUGAAAAGAAGAUAAAAAUGACCAAAGAUGUAACAGAUGA